AUGAAUGGAAGGAAGAUUGCUAUAAGCUGUGUUUGCUUACUAUGUGUUUCCUACAGGUUCACAGAACUAAAAGAGCAGAGUCUGCAUGAAAAGCAGUUGCUCAAUGGACAAAGUAGCCCCACCACAGAAGAAAAAAAGGCAGAGAGGACCAUGGGCCUGGAUACUGACACCUCGGAGGACCAUGACAUCCAAGAUGGCUCCACAGUCUGGCCUACUGAAAACUCUAUGGAGUCUAAGUCUGAGUGUUUGGUGAAAGAGGGGGAAGAAGGAGAGAGCGAGAGAAGCCAGAGUAUAGAGGAGCCCAACUGCCACAAGACACGGGCCAAGAGACAGAGCCGGCGCAUGAGGGAGCUGGAGCAGGCCCAGUUCAGCCUGGAGCUACUCAAGGUGCGGACCCACAGCACAGGAGGGACUCUGCAAGAGGAGGAGACCCCUGUACCCCCGUGUCCGGACAGCACCCCCUGUCCCCUGGACGACCACAAACACCACCAGCCCUCAUCGCCCCACCGGGGCUCCCCCGUUAGCCAUGGGAGCUUUGAGCUGCUCGACACCACCAUGGAUGUGGAGGCGGGAGGGCCUGGUUACCCCGGUUGCCGUGGUAACCAGUCUACGCCGCUCCGGACUUCUUCCCAAGAGGAUUUGAAUGGACCAGGGUCUACAGAAUCCCAGCCACAGAAGGACCCGGAGGUGGUAAAUGAGAAUGAUCCAAGCCCCAGGACGGAGGAGCUACCCCCCAUGAUACCAUCUCCUAUCAAGGAGGUGAUGGCAGAGGCUCCACAAGCUACCUUCUACAUCCCCUCUGAGGACCAAAGCAGCGAGCCCAAGCAAGAGAGCCCAGGCAAGCCCGUGAAGGAGAGGCGAGAGUCCGCCUCGCAAAGGCCUGUGGUGGUGGUCAUCAGCAUGCAGAAGGAGACAACGCUGGAGGGGGAGCUGCGGUUGGCGCCAGCCCAGGAGAGUGCAGUCCAGACAGGUGUGACCACCACCGCCUCCCACCUUACACCCAUUGCCGGCCUGGAAGUAUCAGAGAAGGCCCAGCCACCCAGGACUGUUACCCAGCCUCGGAGAGACUUAGCUGGGGUAGACAGGUCUAGCUUGGUCCCCUCCUCCUCCUCCACCCAUGGCCUUUGUCCUUCAGCGGUAGACAUCCAGAUAGUCCUGGAGGCCAAGGCCCCGUCCGGCGAAGUCCUACCAAGCCAGGGGGAGAGAAAGGCGGCCUGGCCAGUGCAGGACAACUGGGUCUCCACCAACAGUAUCCUGGAGAGCAGGGAAGUUGCCAGCAAAGCAGCAGCCAAGGCACCACAGAAGAAGACCCCGACCCAGACCAUCAUUGUCAGUAUGACUGAGAAGCCCCCCACCAACACCACAUUCUCCUCCCGACGCAAGCUCCCCUUCUCCAAGUGAGUGUCAUUUUUCUGUAACGUUGCUGUAACGUUGUUGUAAAGUUGCUGCUCAUUCAAAGUGUCACUUAGUAAAAGCUUUGUAGUUAAUUUCUUCUCUCUACACUAGCUUGACUCUUCACUGACGGGCAGUGUGUACAAAUUAACACUUUCAUUUCAACAAAUCACGACAGUGCUUUUUUUCUCUCAAAAUGUUCAGAAAUGUAUUUCUUAUUUCUUGUUCUUUUUCAUUGCCUUGAACAGCAACAACAUUGUAAAACACAGGAGAAAUAUGUUUGAAUAUGUAACUAAAUACAUACAUUUCAAAGUCUACAAAUAGAUUUAAGGUUUCCUGAAUGUGUUGUAGGUCUGAUAAGGAUCUGGUGAACCAUGAGCGGUCGUUGGCCAUGCAUAGAGAGGAGGCAUCCGCCUCUAGAGCCACUGCUGGACAGAGAACCAAACAGGUGGGUUGCACACAAUACACUACCCAAAAGACAUACACACAGAGUAUACAAUACCCCCACUACACACACAUAUCUUUUGGGAGGUUUUUUAAGAACUUACAUAAGGUAACUUGCAUAACUCAUGCUGUUGUAAUAUACUAAAGCACUCAAUGUUGAUGUGUAGUUCCCACUGAUAUAUUGUUUAAACUAAUAAUAGAACCAGUAUCUGUGGCUUGUAUGUGCAUGUGAGAGUGUGUGCUUGUAUAAGCUGCCUUAUAAAUUUGUGUCACUCAGACUAUCAGUGUGUCUCUGUGAUAUCCACAUAGAACACAUAUACACACACACCAUUCCUCUCCACACACACACACGCACACACACACAUAAUCCUAUCUCCCAUCACGUACCCAGACCGCUGACGUGUUGUGGUGUAUGUGGUUGAGCAGGUGGGCCGGCGCGGCCCUAAAAAGAAAGCCCGUAUGUCUCGGACCCGCUCCGACUUUCUGACCCGCUGUAACUCCGAGGGGGCGGGCCAGUCGGACGAUGACGAUGACGACACAUUCUACACCCCCGCCCUGUCCCGCACGCUGCCCCUCCUCCCCCCGUCCCCCCUGACCCACCCCAAGGGGGGCGCUGACCCGGCCUGUUACAGUGACUCUGAAAUGGUAAACGGACCCUACGGGGGUCCAAGCUACCCCCCCCCUCUUGUCCCCUGCCUCCUACCGACCCUCCAGCAUAUUUAUUUUCUCUCUGGGGGCCAGGCUUACUAGCCUGAGGGGACUCUUUUAACACGACUAACCCCAUUGAACUAGCAUCCUCCAACUUCGUUUUAGUAUUUAACCACUGGAUAGAAAUAUGUUUCUGUUCUACCAGCUCUUUGCCUGACGCUCCUUUAUUUUGCGGAUAGUGAAAAACCCAACAUUGGCUCAGGCCUCUUCUAGCGAUAGUUUGUCGCAAAAAACUUUACAGCAUGGCUGCAACUGUAAGUGGUAAUGUCAUGGAUUCAGAUCUGUGUUUUCCCCUGAAGAGAAUAGUCAUCCUUCAUAAACACUCAGUACCCCUAACCAACCACAGAUCUAGGAUCAGAUAACCUAACCCCUAACCUUAACCUUAACUUUGGAGGUUUAAAAGUUGAUCUGACCCUGGAGCAGUAGUCAGGGGCAUCUUGUGUCUACUCUGAUCUUGUGACAUCUGUGUAGUUUCUGGAAGAGGAUAAAUGCAAUGUCCCUCUCCUCUUAGCCUGGUCCCAGAACUGUUUGUGCUGGGACCAGGCUUAUGGUUAUCACAAACCGAUCUGGGACCAGGCUAGUCCAACUAAGCCACGAGCGCAAUCAGUGAUGCAUGCUGGAACCUUUUACCUUCUACCAUUGACACCAUUUCAUUACUACCUUUUUAUUACUUCCCUAACAGGUCUUUCAUGAGCAUGAGCGCCCUCCCUCCCUCACCCACUCAUAUCUCUUUUAGUUUGAAAUAGUCGUUUUCUGAGCGAAUAUGUCUGUACUGUAUAUGUUAAUAUGUCUAUGUCUCAGUAUGUAAACAUGUUAGUAUGUUUGUAGACUGUUAGCUGUUGUUCUGUGCAGAAUGAAUGAGUGAUGUAAUAGGAACAUGCAAGCAAAUGUGUCUCUUCUGUCUUUUCAGCAUAUGACUCAAAGACAUGGCAAAAUAGCCUGAGCAUUUGAUGCCCAAUCAAUGAACAUUGAAAAUAUUUCACUUCCCUAUGUUUGGUAUCAAGACUUACCUUGCUACGCCCUAACCUUCUAUUCUCCCAGGCUUCUCACAAGGAAGAGCAUAAGAAGUUCCACAAGACUAUGUCUUCAGGGGACCUGGGCAAGGUGGCAGCACUUGGGAAAACAUCCAGUCAGGAUGGAAGGUAGCUACAGUACCUUCUCUCUAUGUCUCAGUUGGUAGAGCAUGGCUCUUGCAACAUAAGUAUUAUAUUACAAUCAUUAUGCAGAGGCACAAAUUAAGCUCGUAUUGUAUUAAAACAGACUAUUACCCUUUUCACACAAGUUGCUGAACACGUGCUGAAAAGGACAUGGAAAAGAUUAUACAAAGACAAAUCCGAGCCAGCACACACACUGGCGAAUCUGGUCGGCCCGAUCAAAAUAAAAGAAAGGUUUGUUCUAAGCUGUCUGUGUGUGACUGUGUUUGUGGCAGCAGAGUGCGAGGGAAGAUGCGUUUCUGGGGCAAGGCCAAGCAUGCAGAGAAGAAGCUGUCCAGAGAGAAGCAGCAGACCACCAGGAAUGAGUCCACACAGGGAGACCGCGCCGACAAGACAGGUAAUAAAUACACUGUGUGUGUGUGCCCGUCCGUGCGUGCAAUGGACAAUAAAGUUGUUUGUACCAUGGCAUUGUUGAAUACUUGUUUCUGAUUGGCUUGAAGGGCAUUCUAGAGCGUGUAUUAUUUCCCUAUAACGCACAGUAUAUUUGCACGGUAGAAUUCAAUGGCUAUAGUUCAUUCUUACAUGUUCUAUGUUUGAGCUGCUUUUGAAAGCAAAAGUCGAAUUGAAAACAUAAUUGGCAUUGUUGAAUUUGAUUUUCAUAAUGGCAAGCUAGGACUGAUGGUUUGGUUAACUAAACUAGCAAGUCUGUUUGUUUGGUUACCACAACUACUGUAGCUAUCUAGUAAACUUCCUAGUUACUUCAGUGGAUGUUGAACACAUUUCUACUGGCAAAUGAACACAUUUCUAUGCAUUCUCUGCAAAAUAACGCAUCGUAGAACACCUUCCACGUCGUUCAUUAUUUUCCAGAGAACGCAUAGCCCCUCGUUGAUUAUCCCUUACAUAUUGUAUAAAACUGGACAUUCCAAAUAACAUGUUAUUUGUCACAUGCUUUGCAAACAACAGGUGUAAACUAACAGUGAAAUGCUUACUUACGGGCACUUCCCAACAAGCCAGAGAGAAACAUAUAGAAAAAAGAAUAACACAAGGAAUAAAUACACAAUGAGUAAUGAUAACUUGGCUAUAUACACGGGGUACUAGUACCGAGUCGAUUUGCAUGGGUACGAGGUAAUUGAGGUAGAUAUGUAAAUAUAGGUAUGGGUAAAGUGACUAGGUAACAGGAUAGGUAAUAAACAGUAGCAGCAGCGUAUGUGAAGAGUCAAGAGUUAGUGCAAAAAGGGUAGCUAUUUGGUUAACUAUUUAGUAGUCUUAUGUAUUGAAGCUGUUCAGGGACCUGUUGGUUCCAGACUUUGUGGCUUGGGUGGCUGGAGUCUUUGACAAUUUGUAGGGCCUUCCUCUGACACCGCCUGGUAGAGAAGUCCUGGAUGGCAAGGAGCUCGGCCCUUGUGAUUUACUGGUCCGUACGCACUAGCCCCCGAGGGGGAAGAGGCAUUGUCGUGUCUUCUUCACAACUGUGUUGGUGUCUGUUCCUUAGUGAUGUGGAUGGGGGUGUGCUCAGCCCUCUGUUUCCUGUAGUUCACAACCUUUGUCUUGCUGACAUUGAGGGAGAGGUUGUUGUCCUGGCACCACACUGCCAGGUCACUGCCCAUCUCUCUAUAGGCGGUCUCAUCGUCGUCGGUGAUCAGGCCUACCACUGACGUGUCAUCAGCAAACUUAAUGAAGGUGUUGGAGUCGUGCGCAGCCACGCAGUUGUGGGUGAACAGGGAGUGCAGGAGGAGACUAAGCACACACCCGAGUGGGGCCCCCGUGUUGAGGGUCAGCUUGGUGGAUGGGGUGUUGCCCACCCUCACUACCUGGGGUGGCCUGUCAGGAAGAUCCAGUUGCAGAGGGAGGUGUUCAGUCCCAGGGUCCUGAGCUUAGUGAUGAGCUUGGAGGGCCCUAUGGUGUUGAACGCUGAGCUGUAGUCAAUGAACAUCAUUCUCACAUAGCUGUUCCUCUUGUCCAGGUGGGAAAGGGCAGUGUGGAGUGCAAUAGGGAUUGUGUCAUCUGUGGAUCUGUUGGGGCGGUAUGCGAAUUGGAGUGGGUCCAAGGUGUCUCGGAUGAUGGUGUUGAUGUGAGCAAUGACCAGCCUUUCAAAGCAUUUCAUGGCUACAGAUGAGUGCUACGGGGCGAUAGUCAUUUAGACAAGUUACCGUGGCGUUCUUGGGCACAGGGACUAUGGUGGUCUGCUUGAAACAUCUAGGAAUUGCAGACUGGAUCAGGGAGAUGUUGAAAAUGUCAGUGAAGACACCCCCAGCUGGUCUGUGCAUGCUCUGAGUACGCGUCCUGGUAAUCUGUCUGGCCCCACGGCCUUGUGAAUGUUAACCUGUUUAAAGGUCCUACUCACAUCGGCUAAGGAGAGCGAGAUCACACAACUUCGUCCGGAACUGCUGGUGCUCUCAUGUAUGGUUCAGUGUUGCUUGCCUCGAAGCGAGCAUAGAAGGCAUUUAGCUCGUCUGGUAGGCUCACGUCAAUGGGCAGCGCGCGGCUUGGUUUUACUUUGUAACCCGUGAUAGAUUGCAAGCCCUGCCACAUCCAACGAGCGUCAGAGCCGGCAUGGUAGGAUUCAAUCUUAGUCCUGUAUUGACGUUUGCCUGUUUGAUGGCUCGUCAGAGGUCGUAGCAGGAUUCUUAUAAGCUUCCGGAUUAGUGUCCCGCUCCUUGAAAGCGGCAGCUCUAGCCUUUAGCUCAGUGUGGAUGUUGCCUGUAAUCCAUGGCUUUUGGUUGGGGUAUGUACGUACAGUCACUGUGGGGAUGACGUCGUCAAUGCACUUACUAAUGAAGCCGGUGACUUGAUGUGGUAAACUCUUCAAUGUUAUCUGAUGAAUCCCGGAACAUAUUCCAGUCUGUGCUAGCAAAGCAGUCCUGUAGCUUAGCAUCCGCUUCAUCGGACCACUUCCAUAUUGAGCGCGUCAGUGGUACUUCCUGUUUGAAUUUUUGCUUGUAAGCAGGAAUCAGGAGGAUAAAGUUUUGGUCAGAUUUGCCAAAGGGAGGAAGAGCCUUGUUUCUGUUUGUGGAUUAAAGGUGAUCUAGAGUUUUGUUGCCUCUAGUUGCACAGGUGACAUGCUGUUAAAAAUGAGGUAAGUUUCUCUGUUGAUUUCUCAUCUCAACAACAAGACAAAAAACUGAAUAGAAAACCGAAACAAUUGUCUUCACAAAACCCCUACUGUAUCUUUGUCUCUCUGUGCUUUGCGGGUCCAGAUGGCACGACAUCUUCCCCCCACAGUCCCGACCUGACGGCAACCAGGGCCCGGGAUUCCAAGGAGAACAAGGACCCCUCUCCCAAAGCGAGGCGGAGACGCAGCGUCAAGAUCAGCAGCGUGGCCCUAGAGCCCGCCCAGUGGCAGAACGACGCUCUGAACAUCCUCACCAGCGCCCACGACUACAGGAGCAUGAACGACUUCCUCAUGAAGAAGGUAGGCAGACCAACAGAGAUAUACACAGGCAGACAGACGGGCAGACGGAUACACAGACAGACAAGUGUACAUAGUCUUACACACACACUCAAGUAAAUACACAGGACACCAGAAUACUGUUGGUUUCCGUAUUAAGAUGAUACACAAAAACACAAUACACACACACACACACAGACAUGCACACGCACACAUACAGAAGUGUACACAUACAUUCACCCAAAUACACUUAUUUUCAAAUACAGUCGUAUAAAUCACUUCAUCAUUAAAGGUAGACUCAGUGAUAGGACGUAGAUGCUGACAGUAAACAGCAUAAUGGGUCAAUUUCCACAACAACUAAGAGCGUGGUAGUGUGAGGCUCAACUUCUCUGCUGUUUUGGUCCUGUGCAUAUACCAGGCUGUAGCAGCGUGAUGCAAACCCGUGCACAUACGCAGAUACUGUGUGUGACUGUGUGAGAGCGAAGUCUUGCAUCUUGCUCAUCUCAAUAUCUGCGGUGCUGCUCGUGGCAUCGUCUACCUUUAACAUAGUGUACACACACCAGAAUGCUACAGCAGUACUGUAUUGUACUAUACCGUAUAAUACAAUAGUCACAUAUUUACACAGCAGCAACAUACUUUAGGUUGUGUAGACUAUUUGAUGAGUUUGAUGGAAACCUGUAUUUAUUAUGACCAUUUAUUGUACCACCUAGAUCAAUGACCUGGACUCUGAGGAUGGCAAGAAGGACACCUUGGUGGACGUCGUCUUCAAGAAGGCUCUGAAGGAGUUCCGCCUAAACAUAUUCAACUCCUACUCAACGGCUCUGGCUGUGAGUACCACUAUGAUUGUUUCACGGUCAUGGUCGAAAUGCUUACUUGAAGGUUCCUUCUCGACAAUGCAUCAAUAAUACGAAAUAAUCAAAUAUAAGGAUACGAACAUAAAGCAAAUGGCUCAGUAGAAUAUAAUAAACAUUUUAGCAUAAGUAUAAUACAGGAAGACACAAUUUAUAGUACAAUAAUUACACAUGUAUCAGAGAAAAGGGGGAUUGGCAAUAUUAAAUAAGAGUCUGGUAGCAGCAAUUGUGAUGUGUUUGUUUGUGUGUGUGUGUGUGUUAGUAGGGCUGUUACGGUGACUGUAUUACCGCCACACUGGCAGUCACGAGUAAUGACCGCAGUAAAUUCCACGUGAUCGUUGAGUCACGGUAACUAGGCUUCUCCAAAACUGCGCUCUGAUGCCGCUGAUGGUCAUUAGUAGCCUACCAAACUUGCUAAUGGCCUGGCACUCAGCGCUCUAUUGUCCCUCUAAUCACUCUGACAUCAAUGCAAAUGCAAUCGAAAAUCAAAUCAAACACUUCCUGAGAGCCCUGGCAUUCUGAGUUUGUGCGGUAUAGGAUCACCUGUUGCGCAGCGAGAGCCAGCUCCUCAUAGCUGGUUGAUGCAUGGAAUGAAGUGGCCAAAUACAGUGAGCUCCAAAAGUAUUGGGACAGUGACACAUGUGUUGUUGUUUUGGCUCUGUACUCCAGCACUUUGGAUUUGAAAUGAUACAAUGACUAUGAGGUUAAAAGUGCAGACUGUCCGCGUUAAUUUGAGGGUAGUUUCCAUCCAUAUCGGGUGAACCGUUUAGAAAUUACAGCACUUUUUGUACAUAGUCCCUCCAUUUUAGGGGACCAAAAGUAUUGGGACCAAUUCAGUUGUGUAUUAAAGUAGUCAAAAGUUUAGUAUUUGUUCCCAUAUUUCUACGGAGCAAUUCCCGUACCAGGCCGUGAUGCAACCGGUCAGGACGCUCUCGAUGGUGCAGCUGUAGUAUUUGGAGAGGACCCGGGGUGGCAUGACGAUUUUUUUCUUCAGCCGCCUUAGGAAGUAGAGACGCUGUUGCACCCUCUUGAAAAGAGUGGUGGUGUUGUUGGUCCAUGUCAAGUCCUCAGUGGAGGCAGAGGAACUAAAAACUGCUGACUCGCUCUACUGCAGUCCCGUUGAUGUGGACCAGGGCGUGUUCCCUCCUCUGCUUCCUGAAGUCAACAAUCAACUCCUUUGUUUUGCUGACGUUGAGGGAGAGGUUGUUGUCCUGGCACCACAAUGCCAGUUCACUGACCUCCUCCCUAUAGGCUGACUCGUCGUUGUUGGUUAUCAGGCCUACAGCCGUGGUGUCUUCAGCGAACUUGAUGAUGGAGUUGGUGCCGCGCAAAGCCACGCAGUCGUGGGUGAACAGGGAGUACAGCAGAGGGCUGAGGACACAACCCUGGGAGGCCCCUGUGUUAGGAGUCAGUGUGAAGGAGGUGUUGUUGCCAAUCCUCACAGCCUGUGGUCUGCCCAUCAGGAAGUCCAGGAUCCAGUUGCAGAGGGUAGUGCCCAGACCCAGGGCUCUGUACUUGGUGACGAGCUUGGAGGGAACAAUAGUGUUGAAUGCUGAACUGUACUCACUGAACAGCAUUCUCACGUAGGUGUUCCUCUUGUCCAAAGAGCAAAUUGGAGUGGGUCCAGUGUGCCUGGCAUGCUAGCCUUGAUGUGGGUCAUGACCAACCUCUCGAAGCAUUUCAUGAUGAAAGGGGUGAGUGCGACGGGGCGAUAGUCAUUUGGGCAUGCCACCUUGGUUUUCUUGAGCACUGGUCACAAUCACUUUUACAGUGGGCCUCAAGGUGCUGGGCACCCCAAUCACAACCAUCAGUGACCACAAAUGACAGUGGCUGACUAUUGUAGCACAUAAAUCCAUUUUUGUAAUCUUGCCUCCCUCACUACUACUUUCCUCCUCAUCUCUGCCUUCACAUACUACUUUAGAUGGUAGUACUGUAAUCAAUUGCCUUAUAGCACUUUCUCACAAGAUCUCAAAGCUCUUUACAGUAACGUAUAUGGGCUUUUUCCACUAAUCUCUUCUUCUCCACAUUCCCUCAUCCCAAUCUCCUCCCCCCAUCCCUUCCUCCUCCUCCCACUUUCACUCUCCUCCAGAUGGAUGACGGUAAGAGUAUCCGCUACAAGGACUUGUACGCCCUGUUUGAACAGAUCCUGGAGAAGAGCAUGCGUCUGGAGCAGCGGGACUGGAGCGAGUCGCCCGUAAAGGUCUGGGUCAACACCUUCAAAGUCUUCCUGGAUGAGUUCAUGACCGAGUACAAGCCCAUGGACAGCACCAUCAGCAAGGUAGGGUUUGUGUGUGUGUGUGUGUGUGUGGGUGGAAGGAUUUUGGCUGGGUGUGAGUACGUGCUUGUGUCGGUACGUGUGUCAAUGCGCGUGUUGUUUAUUUAGCCUGUACUUCUACAGGUCAGUCCCAUUGAGAUGGAAAUCCUAUAGCAGUCUUACAACCUGAUGUAUGGCAUGUUGGAUCAGUGUUAACAAAAAUAGUGACUAGAAUAUUCGUCAAACAGCUAUUUUUCAGUGGCAAUUGACGAGACUAUAACAGACUAAAUAAACCCAGAAAAAACUAUAUCUAAACGAAAAUCUUUUGUCAUUUCAGUUGACUAUAAUCUGACUGGACAAUAGUUUUUUGGAGAGAUUGAGAGCUUUUCAGUGAUAAGCACAAUUAAUAUUAGCAGCACAGAUGCGCAGCGCAGUUCUGUUCAGCAGUGGGAAGGACGCUCCACACCCGCCACACAGCCUACAUUAGCUAGUGAGCUGCAGGGGAGCAAGCAAAGAGUGUGGGCAGACAGGCUCCACUCCAGCCCCGCUUUCAAUUAUACACAUUGCGCAGGCGACUCUCUUGCUUCACCUUAGCUAACCAGUCACCACCAGCCUUCUAGUUAGCUACCCUCUGCCUGGUUAAGAAACAGAAGCUGCUUCACGAAAUUUAAAACAAUAGUAGCAUUGAGUUUAAGAGUAAAACAUUAGUCUAGGUAUGUUUUUCUCUCCCUUUGAUUUUGUAGUCUCGCUCAACCCUCAGACUUUCCCCACUGCAUUUCAUAGCCAGAUUCUGUAGCCAAGUCUCCCUCUUUUCCUCAGAGAAAACGGCUUGAGAGAUUACCGUUCAAAAGACCAAUAAUACUGUUUCUUUCUUUCUAUCGUGCAUUGGUGGGCCGCAUUUUACAUUCAUAAAGCAUAUCGCGGGCCAUUCUACAACCAGGCUACUUGCAUACUGGACCGUUAACCAUUUUAGGCUACACCUUGUUCAGUCAUGUUACCUCACUAGCUAGCUAUAGCUAACAACCUGGGGCACGUACAGCAGGAUGCAACGUUUUGGAACGUUCAGAUAGAAAUAUGCUAUGUUGAAUAAGGAAUAACCAAUGACUGUAUAUAUGAAUGGACAAAGCCAUUGAUCAUGUGACUCCAUUCAUUCCUAUGUUAAGACUCUAUAGCGCAUUGAAGCCAAAUGAAGUCGGUUAAGAUGGCGUCUAAUGGAGACAUAACAUGCGCAGUUUGAGCUAUUCCAGGAAGUGACGUUGCAGGAUAGCUCAGUGAUACCCCCUCUCAUUGAGUAACUCAAAUUGAAGGCAGACUGGGAUUCUGUAGGCUGCCAUUAGCAACUCAAUUAUCCCUAUAACUUCUUCUGUGUGAUUUAAAAAAAAAAAUUGGUUCAAGGACAUACAUCUGGUGUAUUAGAAACAAUUAUUGGUACCAUGAAUGUCUUCGGAUUUUGUAUUUAUUUACACAAAGAUUGACCACGAAGAGAAAGUAUUCAAGCCCCUGAGUCAAUACAUGUUAGAAUCACCUUUGGCAAUGAUUACAGCUGUGAGUCUUUCUGGGUAAGUCUCUAAGAGUUUGUACACCUGGAUUGUACAAUAUUUGGCCAUUAUUCUUAAAAAGGUUACUCAAGCUCUGUCAAGGUGGUUGUUGAUCAUUGCUAGACAGCCAUUUUCAAUUCUUGUCAUAGAUUUUCAAGUCGAUUUAAGUCAAAACUGUAAUUAGGCCACUCAGGAACUAUUCACUAUCAUGGGGGAUCCUGUUUUCUGCUAACAAUGCCUGAAGUACCGCGGUCGGCCUUAAACUUCUGUGACUUCAAUGAGUGGGGGCAGUCGUUCUAACGUUGGCUCUAUCUGCAACAUUCAAGAAAGUUUUGCAACUGAACGUGGCCCUGCUAACAUUACCAGUAGCCAAUAUGCAAACAUUUGGUGACACACAAAGAAAGUAAAAGAGAUAGCAAACAAUUUAUUGACUAAAUUCCUCUUGCCACUACACUAUAACUGACUGGGUAAAUAACUUUAUUUUGAGUUAAUGUGGACCCAGUGACUCAGCACUUGGACCAGGACUCCAGUGCUCGACCAUUGGGAACUCGGACUCGAGCACAGGGGACUUGGGAUUCGAUUCGAACUCAAGGUUUAGUGACUCGACUACAUCACUGGGCAAAAACCAGUCAUUAGCUCUCGUUCUACUUUUGGACAUCAAUGUGGCUGCGGUGUCCGUGGAAUGUUGAUAGCAAUGGCAAUGAUGUGACUGAGGUGCAACCCAUACUACUUUGCGGCACCAUCUGGUGAUUGUGCUUCUCUCUCUGUCUCUCUCUCUCUCUCUCUCUCUCUCUCUCUCUCUGUCUCUCUCUCUCUCUCUGUCUCUGUCUCUCUGUGCUUGUAUGUGUUGGUUUGUUUUGUAUGUAAUUUGCAAUAUCUAUGUAGGCUGAAUUAGGAAUUUACAUGGCCAGAUAAUUCUUAUAUAUUCUUAGAUAUGUUUGUCAUAUUUAUGGGCGAAGGAUGUAUCGACGAAGGAUGUAUCGACGAAGGAUGUAUCGACGAAGGACGUAUCGACGAAGGAUGGAUGGGAAUACUCACUGGUCUAUCUGUUUGUCUCCUGUUCUCUUAGGCCCCCAAACCAGAAUGCAAGAAGAGGAGGAAAAAGGAACCUGACAUUGUGAGUACUACUGAAUAUUCUAUACCAUAUCUCUACGCUUUGUAAUGCAUUUGAUGGCUGUAUCUUUAUGGCAAACUGAGCUGAGCCCCUCUCACCCUCUGUAGGUUGAGGAGCACAAUGGGCACAUCUUCAAGUCCACCCAGUACAGCAUCCCCACAUACUGCGAGUACUGCUCCUCUCUUAUCUGGAUGAUGGACCGGGCCUGUGUCUGCAAACGUGAGUUCACACACACACUUUAACUGUUCCACUCCACACCAAAAAUUGUCAAAGACUCCAGUCACCCAAGUCAUAGACUGUUCUCUCUGCUACCGCACGGCAAGCGGUACCGGAGCGCCAAGUCUAGGUCCAAAAGGCUUCUUAACAGCUUCUACCCCCAAGCCAUAAGACUACUGAACAAUUAAUCAAAUGGCCACCUGGACUAUUUGCAUUUAUUUAACAUUUUUUAAUGUUAAUCAAUUUUUUACUUUAGUUUAUUUAGUAAAUAUUUUCUUAACUCUAUUUUCUUAAAACUGCAUUGUUGGUUAAGGGCUUGUAAGUAAGCAUUUCACGGUCUACACGUGUUGUAUUCGGCGCAUGUGACAAAUAACAUUUGAUUUUAUUUGAUAUACAGUGCCUUCAGAAAGUAUUCACACCCCUUGACUUUUUCCACAUUUUGUUGUGUUAAAAGUGGGAUUAAAAUGGAUUUAAUUGUCUUUUUUUUUGUCAACAAUCUACACAAAAUACUCUAACGUCAAAAUGGAAGAAAUAUUACAUUUUUUAAAGAAUUUAUGGAAAAUAAAAUACUCAUAUCUUGAUUAGAUAAGUAUUGUUAGAAUCACCUUUGGCAACGAUUACAGCUGUGAGUCUUUCUGGGUAAGUUUCUAAGAGCUUUGUACACCUGGAUUGUACAAUAUUUGGCCAUUAUUCUUUAAGACAUUCUUCAAGCUCUGUCAAGGUGGUUGUUGAUCAUUGCUAGACAGCCAUUUUCAAGUCUUGCCAUAGAUUUCCAAGUCGAUUUAAGUUAACUGUAACUAGGCCGCUCAGGAACAUUCAAUGUCUUCUUGGUAAGCAACUCCAGUGUAUAUUUGUUCUUGUGAUUUAGGUAAUUGUCCUGCUGAAAGGUGAAUUUGUCUCCCAGUGACUGUUGGAAAGCAGACUGAACCAAGUUUUCCUGGAGGAUUUUGCCUGUGCUUAGUUCUUUUACAUUUAUUUUCACCCCCACCCCCCCCAAAAAAACUCCCUAGUCCUUGCUGAUGACAAGCAUACCCAUAAUAUAAUACAGCCACCACCAUGCUUGAAAAUAUGAAGAGUGGUACCAAGUGAUGUGUUGUGUUGGAUUUGCCACAAACAUAACUCUUUGUAUUCAGGACAAUAAGUUAAUUUCUUUGCAAAUUUUUUUCCACUAUUACUUUAGAAUCCAUGUUUUGGAAUAUUAGUAUUCUGUACAGGCUUCCUUCUUUUCACUCUGCCAUUUAUGUCAGUAUUGUGGAGUAACUACUGUGCAAUGUUGUUGAUCCAUCCUCAGUUUUCUCCUAUCACAGCCAUUAAACUCUGUAAAUGUCACCAUUAGCCUCAUGUUGAAAAUCCCUGAGUGAUUUCCUUCUUCUCCGGCAACUGAGUUAGGAAGGGGCGCCUGUAUCUUUGUAGUGACUGGGUGUAUUGAUACACUAUCCAAAGUGUAAGUAAUAACUGCACCAUGCUCAAAGGGGAUAUUCAAUGUCUGCUUUUUUUUUUGCCCAUCUACCAAUAGGUGCCCUUCUUUGCGAACCAGUGGAAAACCUCCCUGGUCUUUGUGGUUGAAUCUGUGUUUGAAAUUCACUGCUCAACUGAGGGACCUUACAGAUAAUAAUAAUUUUUUAAUAAUAAUUAUAAUAAUUUUAUAAUUGUUUUAUUUAGCAGACGCUCUUAUCCAGAGCGACUUACAGGAGCAAUUAGGGUUAAGUGCCUUGCUCAAGGGCACAUCGACAGAUUUUUCACCUAGUCGGCUCGGGGAUUAGAACCAGCGACCUUUCGGUUACUGGCACAACGCUCUUACCCACUAAGCUACCUGCCGCCCAACAUAAUUGUAUGUGAGGAGUACAGAGAUGGGGUAGUAAUUUAAAAAGUCAUGUUAAACACUGUUAUUGCACACACUGAGUCCAUACAACUUAUUAUGUGACCUGUUAAGCACAUGUUUACUCCUGAAAUUAUUUAGGCUUGCCAUAACAAAAGGGUUGAAUACUUAUUGACUCGAGACAUUUCAGCUUUUCAUAAUUCCACUUUGACAUUAAGGGGUAUUGUGUGUAGGCCAGUGACACAAAAUCUCAAUUUAAUCCAUUUUAAAUUCAGGAUGUAACACAACAAAAUGUGUGAAUACUUUCUGUUCCUUUGGUUGGAUGGACAACAUGUCAGUUCAUUCUGUAAGAGCUCUGAUAGGUUGGAGGACGUCCUCCGGAAGUCUUCAUGAUUACUGUGUAAGUCUAUGGAAGGGUGUGAGAACCAUGAGCCUCUUAGGUUUUGUAUUGAAGUAAAUGUACCCAGAGGAGGACUGAAAACACCUGUCCUCCGGCUACAGCAUGGUGCUACCCUAGAAGGUGCUCUUAGACCAUUACAAAACAGUGUGUUUUAAUCAGUUAUUUGGUUACGUGAAUAUAUUUAGUCUAGUUUUAUCUAAAAACGUUUGUAAUGUUUCACUAUUGAAAUGUUUCUGAAAUUCACUGAGUAGGAUGGUCCUCCCCUUCCUCUGAGGAGGAGCCUCCACUGAUAUAUACAAACACACACAGACUCCCACCGUUACACACACACACAUGCACACACACAGAUACCCCCCCCCCCCCCCCACACACACACACACACACACACACACACUUUCACAUUCACACACACUACCACCCUUCCUCUCCACACACACACACAUCCUCUUCCUGUGCUGCCUCUUAAGUGUCUGUAAUCAAAUUGUAUCCAGCUGUUCUCAUAAAUCUAUCUUCUAUCUCUAUGCUUGUUGACUGACCAGGGUUGAGGUUGGACACGGAGUGUUGUUAGAACGUUGCUUAAAGGUUAGGGGAUACAGAUUGCUUGUUGUUGACUGAAAAGCAGUUGGAGACUUAACGUUGAUAGAAGGUUGUGGAAGGGUAAGGGUAUACAGAUUGUGUCUGACUCUGUUGUGUCCUCUUCUGCAGUGUGUCGGUACGCCUGCCAUAGAAAGUGCUGCUCUAGGAUGACCACGAAAUGUAGCAAAAAGGUAAGAGGCUAUUUUAUAGUGUGUGUAUUUGUGUAUACAUUAUUAAGAAUGGAAAGAAGGGAUAGAGUAUCAACCAAGAGACAAUUCAGUACUUGCAGGGAUGUUAUAGUUCUUAAGGGGAUAAUCCACCCCAAACCACUAAUUCCUAUGAUUAACAGUGUUUAAACAGUGUUAAAUAACACUAAUAUGUGAAAACAGUGUUUUUUUGUGAACAAAUGAUUCAUUUUGUCAUUAUAAAAAGGUUGGUAGCAACGUGAAAAUCGUUGGGGAAAUCUGUUGCAGCUCAAGUCAACUACAAAACCCACAAUGCGAUGCUCUCUCUUUGGGCUAGCUGGCUAGCUAUCUCUCUCUCUGGGCUGGCUAUGGUCUCUCUGGGCUGGCUGGCUGGCUAGGUAGCUAGCUACAGUGCAUAAUUUGGCUCCUCUUAGUUUUGGACUGUUUCAUUCCAGAACCUCUUUGCCAGGAUCCGGUACUUCUCAUGGCAUGAAAAAUAAUGCUCGCUGUUUGCAAUGUAAACAUUUGAAAAAAGCGAUCAGAGUUAAUUCAAGUUGCCUCCUGCCCCCUUAAAAAAACGUAAUGUGAAAGCGUAGAUUUUCAGCCUGCGCCUGAUAAGUAUUGUUUAAGGUCUGGCCAGCUUGGGCUCAUGGUUGGCACAACACUGUAACCUUGAGACCAACGUGUUGCCGUUACUGUAGUGAGAGAGAGAAGCGCGCUUGUAGUCUAUCUCUCACAGAACUAGAAUGAGUUGUACUUUCUAUGAUCUCCCUCCCUCUCUCUGCGCUGUUAGACGUGAUCCUGCAGCUCUCAUCUCUCCAGCGCAGCACUUCAUCAUUUAUUUCCUUAUAGAAUCAUAUCCGUGGGAACCGUGCUGCAGCACCUUUGAUCAAUUUUAAUAAAUGUGCCAAAGUUAUAGAAUUAGGCCUACUGCUGUCUGUUCAGAAAUAAAUGAAAUAAUUCUGAAAACUACACCAGGAUUAGGCCUAUAGGCCUAUAGGUCUAAUGUAGCCACAGAGGAUCAAUAGCUUAUUUUUUUUAAAUUGCCUAGCUGUGAAUUGUAUGUAGCCCAAUCACAAGGGGUCGGGAACGCGCUGCAAAUCUGUCAGUGAACAGCAUGCAGCCAAAACAGGCCUUUCGCAAUAUUUCAAAUACAACGGCGGGAAAACACAGGUUGGAAAGCAAAUGGCUCCUUCUGAAAGAGAAGACUUUCAUCUGUCUGUAGGCUACCAAAAUAUUUUUGCAACUUGCAAAUAGGCCUAGCGAACAGUAGCCUGUUGUACAAAGUAACACGAGAGAAGAUAGGCUUUUUGGCAUGAGUGCAUCGGCCAUCGCCGGCGAGUGAGCUGCACAUCAAUGACUGGAAACUGGAAAGCUUUUUUAGGACUAUCAUUUCCUCCUCAUAUUGUACAAUAUGCGUCUCCACACACCUAGGCUAUUGAUGGAUUCAUGAAUGGCAUGAAAAGGCUUUAUUUCAAAUGUAUUUUUUCAUAUGUAUUUUUUUAGGAGGUAGAUCAGCUUUAAUAUUGCAGAUAGAUUGUAACUUCCAUCAAUGCAAUUGUCUACAUCACUUCCAAUCCCCCAUAUAUAUUUCUUCGCAAAUAGACAGUGCCUUACAAAAGUAUUCAUCCCCCUUGGCGUUUUUCCUAUUUUGUAGCAUUACAACCUGUAAUUGAAAUUGAUUUUUAUUUGGAUUUCAUGUAAUGGACAUACACAAAAUAGUCUAAAUUGGUGAAGUGAAAUGAAAAAAAUAACUUGUUUCAAAAAAUUCUAAAAAAUAAAUAACGGAAAAGUGGUGCAUGCAUAUGUAUUCUCACCCCCUUUGCUAUGAAGCCCCUAAAUAAGAUCUGGUGCAACCAAUUACCUUCAGAUAAUACCUUCACAUAAUUAGUUAAAUAAAGUCCACCUGUGUGCAAUCUAAGUGUCACAUGAUCUGUCACAUGAUCUCAGUAUAUAUACACCUGUUCUGAAAGGUCCCAGAGUCUGCAACACCACUAAGCAAAGGGCACCACCAAGCAAGCGGCACCAUGAAGACCAUGUUUGACGGUGGGGAUGGUGUUCUUGGGGUCAUAGGCAGCAUUCCUCCUCCAAACACGGCGAGUUGAGUUGAUGCCAAAGAGCUCGAUUUUGGUCUCAUCUGACCACAACAUUUUCACCCAGUUCUCCUCUGAAUCAUUCAGAUGUUCAUUGGCAAACUUCAGAAGGCCCUGUAUAUGUGCUUUCUUGAGCAGGGGGACCUUGCGGGCGCUGCAGGAUUUCAGUCCUUCACGGCGUAUUGUGUUACCAAUUGUUUUCUUGGUGACUAUGGUCCCAGCUGCCUUGAGAUCAUUGACAAGAUCCUCCCGUGUAGUUCAGUGGUCCUCUGUAGCUCAGCUGGUAGAGCACAGCGCUUGUAACGCCAGGGUAGUGGGUUCUAUCCCCGGGACCACCCAUACACAAAAAUGUAUGCACGAAUGAUUAAGUCGCUUUGGAUAAAAGCGUCUGCUAAAUGGCAUAUUAUUUAUUAUUAUUUCUGGGCUGAUUCCUCACCAUUCUCAUGAUCAUUGCAACUCCACGAGGUGAGAUCUUGCAUGGAGCCUCAGGCCGAGGGAGAUUGACAGUUAUUUUGUGUUUCUUCCAUUUGCGAAUAAACUGUUGUCACCUUCUCACCAAGCUGCUUGGCGAUGGUCUUGUAGCCCAUUCCAGCCUUGUGUAGGUCUACAAUAUUGUCCCUGACAUCCUUGGAGAGCUCUUUGGUCUUGGCCAUGGUGGAGAGUUUGGAAUCUGAUUGAUUGAUUGCUUCUGUGGACAGGUGUCUUUUAUACAGGUAACAAGCUGAGAUUAGGAGCACUCCCUUUAAUUGUGUGCUCCUAAUCUCAGCUCGUUACCCGUAUAAAAGACACCUGGGAGCCAGAAAUCUUUCUGAUUGAGAGGGGGUCAAAUACUUAUUUCCCUCAUUAAAAUGCGAAUCAAUUUAUAACAUUUUUGACAUGCGUUUUUCUGGAUUUUUUUGUUGUUAUUCUGUCUCUGACUGUUCAAAUAAACCUACCAUUAAAAAUAUAGACUGAUCAUUUCUUGUCAGUGGGCAAACGUACAAAAUCAGCAGGGGAUCAAAUACUUUUUUCCCUCACUGUAUAUAUAUAUACAUACAUGCAUACAUACAUACAUACAUACAUACAUGCAUGGUUGAAAAACGAGUUUUAAUGACUCCAAACUAAGUGUUGAACUUCCGACUUCAACUAUACAUACAUACAGUUUUUCAACCACUCCACAAAUUUCUUGUGUAGGUGUGUCCAAACUUUUGACUAAUACUAUAUAUACACAUCCUUUUUUUAAAAAUAUAUUUUCCUUUAUUACUUUCCAACCCCACCACCCCUCCCCUAAUUGGAGUAAACUAGUGAACAACAACGCUUAGGCCUCUACUUCCAGCUUAUACAUACUAUAUACAUUUUAUUGACACAGUACAUUUUUACAAUAGUUCUAUUUUGUUUGUUUUUACUCCUGAACUUCCUCUACCCUCAACCUCUCCAAUCAUUUUCAUGAUGUCCAUCCGGUUUGCUUCUAUAUGCCAUAUCUUUCAAACUGUGCUCUUUCACAAAAGUUCUCAACCUAUAACCUAUAUACCUAUUAUGGACACAUUAUUGUUUUACAUUAGUUGUCUUGUUGUUAUUAGUCCAAACCAUCAGCUCCAAUCAACCCAUCCCAUCUAUCUCUUAACACCAUCCAUAUUUGAUUUCUAUAUGCCAUAUAUUCUUCAACUGUACUGUGAUGUUUCACAAAAGUUCUGAACCCUUCUAUUCUCAUUGUUUCUACAGAUUGUAAAUUGAAAAUAAACAUUUUUGCUAAAAGUAUUAUUAUAUUAUUGAUCGAUUGACUAUGACUUUUCAGAUCACUCAGUAGUGCUAUCUGCAGGGUUAGCUCCAGGUAAAUAUUGCAAUCCUUUAGCCAUUCCUGGACCUGUGACCAAAAACAAGCUACAAAUGGUCAGAACCAAAACAAAUGAUCUAAUGUUUCUGUCUCUUCGCAGCAAAAUCUGCAGAGCUGGGAAGAUUGUAUGAAAUGCAUUUUUAAAAGGCAAAAAAAAUUCUGGACCCUAUAGGCUAACAAUAUUCGCCAUGUUUUCAACUUCUGCAACCGCCAUUACGCUACUGCUCUAUGCCAUUACGAAAAUGCGAUGAUAUGCAGGCAUAACUUUAUUAUAACGUUACAUUUUUUCAUGCCUUCCGGUACCUCAGAGCCCCCCAGGUCACCCCCCUCUCGCGCUCACUUUUUGUUCCAGCACCCCCUGAUUUACAAAUUAAGCACUGGCUAGCUAGCAAACGUAGCUACACACAAUAAAACCAAAGUCAAUAUCAGCAUGUGAAGUAGCUAGCUACAGCAGCUGUAAAAUAGCCUAAACAAACUGUACUAUCAAUUUAGGAGUUUAUCUCACCCAGUUCAACUUGCAGUUCCACUCUGCCCAGAGCGAGUGCAGAGUAUGUUGCUAUGGCAACAAUGGCCCUUUCCCACACUUCCCACAGACACACAGGGCACAUUGUGAGAUGGUACUUGAAGGAGAAACUGAGUUGAAUAAUUUGGUACACUGUUUAGAUUGAGCACGUCUAAGUGAAAUCUAUACUUUGUCAUGAUGAUAUAAAACGGAUAGAUGUGUUCUAGACAUCUAUUGGCUAUUUUGGUGAUCUGGAGUGCAGGUAAUUGUUUUAAAAGCGUUAUGAAAUGUGAUAGGGGAUAACAUACUAUCUCCAGUGACGAGAACCAUGUAGCUAUGACGUGUUCCUACAGGAUUUCCUGAUUUCACAGACGGACCACUUAGAAGUUAAAUCAUGGGGAAAUGUUUUUAUUUACCCACUGAUAGAACAUAGGCUUUAACCAAACUGACAGGAGUUUCAUGAUUUUUAUUUCUGGGGGUGGAUUAUCCUUUUAAAAUUAAAAUAAAAGAUGUAGAAGGAACUUUUGCGAUUUUGGUCUUACAAUGCAAAUACUCAUCAGGUAUUUUAUAGCAGUUUUAGCUGUUUGUGUCUGUAUGCCUCCUUUUGUCUGUCUGCAUGUACUUCUCACCUUCUAUUUCAAUCGGUCCGUCCGUGUGUGUGUGCAUGUACGUGUGUCCGUCCUUCCAUCCGUGUGUAUUUUUCUCUAUCUGUGUGUGCCUCAAUCAGUAUGACCCGGAGCUGUCGUCGAGGCAGUUUGGCGUGGAGCUGUCUCGUCUGACCAGCGAGGAGAGGACAGUGCCCCUGGUGGUGGAGAAGCUCAUCAACUACAUUGAGAUGCACGGCCUCUACACCGAGGGCAUCUUCAGGAAGUCUGGCUCCACCAAUAAGAUCAAGGAGCUCCGGCUGGGGCUGGACACAGGUGUGAUUGACAGGGUCCUGCUCCAGUUACCGUAGACUGUAGUGUUAUGUUGUAAACAGGGGAGGGACAACAGAUCUAUGGUCAAGGCACUGUCUAUAGGCUUUCUGUUUGGUUCAUAUAAUGACAGGAUACAGGGGGCUAUGUUAGAAACUGUAUGCCCUAGCAUGAAUAUAGGCUGUUGACACAGGCUGUAAUAGUAGUGGCAACAUUUUUUGAACAAGUUGUCCUGACUCCAUGUCCUCGGUAUUCACACUACCAGAUUGAAAGCACUGUAUCCGCAGCAAAGAGUUUAACAGUUGUAAUGUUUACGCCAACUAUAGUAUUUAAGUCGUAUUUAUAUUGAACAAAAAUAUAAACUCAACAUGUGAAGUGUUGGUCCCAUGUUUCAUGAGCUGAAAUAAAAGAUCCCAGAUAUUUUCCAUAGGCACAAAAAGCUUAUUUCUCUCAAAUAUUGUACACAAAUGUCUUUACAUUCCUGUUAGUGCGCAUUUCUCCUUUUCCAAGACAAUCUAUCCACCUGACAGACAUGGCAUAUCAAUAAGCUGCUUAAACAGCAUGAUCAUUACACAGGUGUACCUUGUGCUGGGGACAAUAAAAUGUCUGUCAGGUGGAUAGAGUUGAGGGAGUGUCUCAAGUUGAGGGAGUUUCUGACUGUAAUAAAGGGCUUUUGUGGGGAACAACUCAUUCUGAUUGGCUGGACCUGGCUCCCCAGUGGAUGGGCCUAUGCCCUCCUAGGCACACCCAUGGCUGCGCCACUGCCCAGUCAUGUGAAAUCCAUAGAUUAGGGCGUAAUGAAUUUAUUUCAAUUGACAGAUUUCCUACUAUGAACUGUAACUCAGUAAAAUCUUUGAAAUUGUUGCAUUUAUAUUUUUGUUCAGUAUAGUUGUAACUCACUCUCUAUUUGUCUCCCAUUGCCCUCCAUCCAGAUGUGAGCAGCAUGAACUUGGAUGACUACAACAUCCACGUAAUUGCCAGCGUGCUCAAACAGUGGCUCCGCGACCUGCCCAACCCUCUAAUGACCUUUGAACUCUACGAGGAGUUCCUCCGAGCCAUGGGUAAGAACUGGGGUCGGAAGUAACCACAUUGGUAUUUGUUACAAUGUUAUUGUGUAGUAAUGGUUAAAGGUGGCCUCUGUACCAAUUUAUAGAUGACUGAAGGUGUAGAUAUAAUAUAGUAGAUAUGAUUAUGACAUAAUGGAUGAAGGUAUGUGCGCAUAGAAAUAGAAAUACUAGAACAGACGGGUUGACCGGCGGCCAUAUUGACUGCACCCAUAGGAGUAAAGCAGGAAGUAAGAGCAGGAAGUAAUUGUAUUUUUAUGGUGUUGCGUCCCCCUUGCAGGCCAGCCAGACAAGCGGGAGGUGAUCCGCGGGGUGUACUCUGUGAUCGACCAGCUCAGCAGAACCCACCUGAGCACCCUGGAGCGCCUCAUCUUCCACCUGGUCAGGUGAGUGGUCACGUGACCCCACAGGAAAUAGGAUGUGGAGACUCACUGGAUGCCUCCCGAUUCUCCACUCUUCUUCCAAAGUGUGCUCUUAACUAACAGAAACUCCCUCCAGUCAAUUCGCCAAGCCAAUGCUUCUAAAUCCAUUAAUGGGUGAGUGGGAGAAGGGUGGAUAAUUGGGAAGUUGUCAUCCACUACAACCCAGUUUUGACAUUGAAUAAACUUUUUUCUGUACUUUCUUGGGACCUCCUCUGAUAUAUGCGUGUGUGAUCUUCCAGGAUCACUCUGCAAGAGGACACCAACCGUAUGUCGGCCAACGCCCUGGCCAUAGUUUUUGCCCCCUGCAUACUCCGCUGCCCCGACACCAUCGACCCCCUGCAGAGUGUCCAGGACAUCGGGAAGACUACUGCGUAAGACUCAGUCAUUAUUUGCUUCUCAGGCUUGCCAGUCCUGGUUCUGGAAGGCUGUGUGUACAGUACGGCACUCUAGGACCAGAAUCAACACACACACACACCACAAAAACCCAUCAUCGCUCGAUAGUUGUGAGUGUGUAUACAAUGGAAUUGACAACUGACACACCUCAAUAGCUAUAAUUCAUCAGAUGAAUGGCAUAUUAUAUUAAAAUGAGUCAAUGUGUUAUUUCUAUCGUGAAUCCUGUUCCUAUCAGACAGAAUCAAUUAUAAAGCAUAGACUGAGCAACAGUCCCCUUAUUCACUGGUUGCUCAUUCUGCCUGUCCUCCUUUAGGUGUGUGGAGCUGAUCAUCGGAGAGCAGAUGAAUAAGUACAGGGCCAGACUGAAGGACAUCAACAGUCUGGAGUUUGCUGAGAACAAGGCCAAGAGCAGACUGACACACAUCAGGAGGUCCAUGGUAAGGCACCAGGACACCAGGGGUCGUGUUCAUUAGGCAUCAAAUAAUUGGAGGGACUACCUGGACUUGUCCAAUAAGAAACGCUCAUUUUCAUUUCCGUUGCAAAACAUUAAUCUUUAGCCCUUAGUUCCUCUCACCGGAUGCAACGUUCUCCAACAUUAUAUAAUAUAUAUAAUAUGCCAUUUAGCAGACGCUUUUAUCCAAAGCGACUUACAGUCAUGCGUGCAUACAUUUUUGUGUACGGGUGGUCCCGGGGAUCGAACCCACUACCUUGGCGUUACAAGCGCCGUGCUCUACCAGCUGAGCUACAGAGGACCACAUUCUCAAUCUCCAUGCCCAUUUUAGCCAUGAUUUCGGCAAUGACUUCAUGGGUCAUGAUUUCAGUUAAUCUCCAAAAGUAUUUCACUUUACCACCAUAUGAAAGUUAAUUUGAGUGCAAUUGGUUCUAAUAAAAAAUUGGCCUACCCUCCAUUUCCUUCUAAUACCACCAUGUAGUUUUUAAGCUUCAGCCCUAACCCUGUUCUCUCCUUUCCCCCUCACCUCACCCCACCCCAGAAACCUGUACUAAUCGCUGUUAGGUUUAUUGGCAUAACCCGCACAGCCACCCCGGUAUGUAUUCCUAGUAUAUACUCACACCCAGUCCUGUCAGACCAUUUGUCUGUGGUGCUGUCAAUCAACCAGUCGUGUCAGCCCAUUUGUCUGUGGCGCUGUCAGUCAGCACGUCGGCACCACCGUCAUGCUGUCCGUCAAGUCCACAUUGCUAUCUCUUCCCUCCCUCUUUCUCUCUUCCCUUCUCUUCAUUCUCCAUUUCUCUAUACACUGAGUGUUCAAAACAUUAGGAACACCUUCCUAAUAUUGAGUUGCACCCCUUUUGGCCUCAGAACAGCCUCAAUUCAUCAGGGCAUGGAAAGCGUUCCACAGGGGUGCUGGCCCAUGUUGACUCCAAUCCGUCCCACAGUUGUCAAGUUGGCUGGAUCUCCUUUGGGUGGUGGACCAUUCUUGAUACACAUGGGAAACUGUUGAGCAUGAAAAACCCUACUACCAUACCCCGUUCAAAGGCACUUAAAUAUUUUGUUUUGCCAGUUCACCCUCUGAAUGGCACACAUACACAAUCCAUGUCUCAAUUGUCUCAAGGCUUAAAAAAACCUUCUUUAACCUGUCUCCUCCCCUUCAUCUACACUGAUUUAAGUGGAUUUAACAAGUGACAUCAAUAAGAGAUCAUAGCUUUCACCUAGUCAGUCUAUGUAAUGGAAAGAGCAGGUGUUCCUAAUGUCCAUUGAUUUGUCAUACAUUUGUAAUAAAUAUCAACCUUUUAUUAUUUCUUAAUUGAAACAGUUUUAUGAUUAAUUCAUGACUAUCAAUGGUCAUUACUCGGUCAUGUGAGAGAAAUGAGAGCAGUGGUUCCUCCAUUGUAUAGAUAGGGCAGUGCUUAGAUUAUGUUACACAAUGGGUAGAUUUAAUCCUGAAUGCUGAUUGGUUAAAACCGCAUUCCAGCCGGUGUCUAUUCCACAAAUUACCACUGGCUAAAUCUAUGACAUUAAAAAUGCCUAUUUACUCUGUUCCAUCUGACUGCGCAAUCCACUGUCUCAUCAGCCCAGCCAGACAAUUUAUAAACUUCAUCUCCAUUAUAAAUAGCAUCUAGACAUUAUCUCACAUUUGUUUUAGACUAACAUUUAGUUUUUAACAGCUGAGAUUUGUAUAAACCUUGCUGUCGGUCUCCAACAUUUGCAACAUUGUUUCAAUAUUCAAAUUAGAUCUCCAGCUGUCCCAUAAUAGAGUCGGGACGAGAUAGAUAGGCAGCGUUUCUCAACCAGUCGAAAUCAUGAAUUAGCUGGCAUCAUAUUUAUGGAUAUAUACAAAGAAAUGUCAGUUGAAAAAAGGUCAAACGAAGUGCAGCUAGUUUGCAGUCUUUCCAGCUGUUCAGUUUGAAGUGAUUGUGUUAGUUGUGUUGUUGGCUAGCUCUUCUGAACAACAGUGUCCUGACGAGUGAGCACAUUUUCUAUGCCAGGCAAAAUCGCGCCUCAUUAGCUCAUUGUUAUGGAUGUGUCCAAAUAAAUGUCAACAGAAAACAGCUUAAACAAAUGCAAAUACAACUACUGUUGUUAUUCUGGCUGCACUGUUUGACGUGACUGUAAAUUAGCCGUAGUUGGCUAGCUAGCAAGGGAUAAGAACGUUGCCAGUCAGUAUGGCAAUGGAACAUUUAAGAAUGAACGACUGGGUCGCGUCCAUAGAUACAGAACAAAAAUACUGAACGGCUGGGUCGCGUCUCUGGCAACCGAACCUAUAUAACGAACCUAUAUAAACAAAUGUUUACAUUCUUUUUUUGUUGCUUCGCACACCUGUGUAUGCUUGCGUGCGUGUCUGUAUGUGUGUCCGCUACAGUUUGUGUGUUUUUAUAACACUCAUUAAGUAGUUUUAUCAUAACAACUUGAUGAACAUAGUCUAGAAAAUACGCACAUCUAGUUGCUUUGUGCAGGUGUGAGAAAUCAACGUUUAAAAGACCAUCAUCAACCAUAUCCCUCGUUGUGGGUUUUCUAUCCAGCCAUCUUGAACACUCAUCUCUCAGGCUAUCUUCACUGUGUAUGUGUCGUUAGUAGACCCAAUCUUCAUGACACUGAGUCAGAUGUGAACCAUUCCAUCAGCCUCUAUCCUAAUUAUCUAUUAGCCUACUGUCGCCUAGCCUAAUAGCCUAUCUCAUAUCCUUACUAGCCCUCUGCUCUGUGUCGUUUGUCAUAUAGGGCAAAUGUUGUCUUCAGAGGGGUAGCAGCCACAACACGCCCUCCCCGCCCCUCAGCCCCAGAGCGCCCCUGGUGGUGGACAGGGACAGUGCUGGAGAGGAGGGGGCAGAGCCAGGGCUGACGGAACAGCAGCAGGCCGCCAUGCAACAGGAGGAGAGGGUCCUCACCGAGCAAAUCGAGAGCCUGCAGAGAGAGAAGUAAGCCUGUCACGGCCUCCUUAUGAUCUCUUAUCAAUGGUGUUCACAAGUCACCAUACUCCACUAUAACUCUAGUACUCUAGGGGGCUUUCUCAAAAAACGGUACCUGCCCUUGGACAUUCUCCUCCAAUGUGUUUUGAGAAUGAGGCGAGGAGAGAGGACAUAAUGAGAAAGAGACGAGUUAUAUGAACAACUUUGUUGAUAACAAGAGAAGGAGCCUAGUGGUACUCAAUUAGUUAUUCUGUAGACGGUGUAAUGUAUGCCAUUUUAGCAGACGCUUUUAUCCAAAGCAACUUAGUGAUGCGUGCAUACAUUUUACGUACGGGUGGUUCUGGGAAUCGAACCCACUGUCCUGGCGUUGCAAGCACCAUGCUCUACCAACUGAGCUACACAGGACCACAUGUUGACAGGGUUUUGAUGGGAUGUGUAACUGUUGAUUUUGUGUGUGUGUAGGGAGGAGUUGACGUACGAGAUGUUGAUGUUAGAGCCACGGGCGUCUGAUGAUGAGACUCUGGAGUCUGAGGCCUCGAUAGGAACAGCAGACAGCUCUGAAAACCUCAACAUGGACCAUGAGGGAGCCGCCUCCAACCCCUCUGGUGAGACUGGAGAGUGUGUGUGUGUUCUACAUGUGGUCGGUGUCUGUCGGUGUCUACAUCUGUGUGUAGUAAACACUUCUCUCUAACCAAGUCUUUCUCUCAACAGGUACCUACCGCUCCCGGAAGUCUGAAGCCAAGAGCCGCCGCGGCCUCCGGAGACAACCCGACUCUGUGGACUCAGUCGACUCCAUCUUGUCCACCGCCUCUUCCUCCCUCUCCUCAUCCUCCUCCUACCAUCCCUCCUCCUCUAUUAUCCCUCCUUCCCCCAACUACCGCUUCCGCUCCUCCUCAUCCGGACCCCUGCUCGCCUCCUGCUCAUUGGGCCUAGGGGUCCCCGUAGUGGAGUCUGAGGGGGACCCGAGGGGCACUGUGGGGGUGAAGAGCCGCCACCGCCUUCGGCUGAGUAGGAGCUCGCCGCGCGAAGCCCCCGAGGGCCACAGGAGGGAGUCUGACUUCAGCUCGCCGCCCCAACAGCUGGUUCUGUAUGGCAGUAACGAGUUUAUGGUGUGAGGGAGAGUGGCGGAGAGACGAGACAUCCGAACCGCCUUCCGUCCCCUAUGCCUAUAGAAUGUGUAUGAGGGAGGGAGGAAGGGAGUGAAACAGGGCUGGAAUGGGCCAUGUGGGCAUCCGUCUCUCACUUCUGUCCUCCCCUAGCUGUGCUCACCUCUCUCCUUCUUCCCUGUGCCAGUCUUGCCUUGGAGGACGGCCGCCGUCCCACGAUGCAGUUGGGCGCCAUCCGCUUGGUGGGAGUGGGCUGAGAGUGAAGUGAAAGGCGAUGACUGGAGAGGGAGAAAGAGAGAUGGAAUGAAUGAAUGAAAGAAAUAGGAAGCCUCGGGAACUAAGAUGGAGGAGUGGCAGGAGGCUGUAGAUGAAUAAAAGGGGGAAAGAGAGAGUGAGGAAAAGGAUGAGGUUGGCUGUCUUGACUCACCUGUCUUUUUUAACUUUGACCUCCAAACCCCUUGACCCCUGCUGGAGCCUCAGGGGCACAGGGGGGCUGGAGAGAUGAAAAGAGAGAAGCCAGUGGACAGCGCCAUCUUUUGAGUGGAGGACUAAAGUGGAUUGAGCCACUCAAUAGCAGAGUAACUGACUGAGAGCACUGUCAACCAUUUUGAUAAGAAGCACUCAGCUACUCUCGCAUCUGCUUUCAAGUUUACAUGAUACAGCCCGUCCACGAGGCUGCAUGCUCCUUCAUUACACUUGUUUCCUAUGCCUGUUCAAGAGACUACUGUGAUGAUGUUAUAAACAUGUGUA